AUGGCAAAGUGGAAGCUUCAAGUGGUCAUUGUGCCACUUACCGAGAGCAUUGGCUCAGGUAAAGGUGUUGAGCCAUUCAAAAAAUUGCUACACCUCACAGAUCCGGCCUUGACCCUUCGAGAGGUGGGGGCGAAUAUCACCACUCAAUACAAGAAACUCUAUCCUACGGAAAAUGCUCUCCGUGUGGAUCGAUUACAAGACGGCGAUCAAUUGGAUUUGGACCCCGACUAUACUGUGGAAGAUGUUUUUGAACUGGGAGAUCAGUGUCGAGCACUUGUAACAAUUGAUCGGCUCACGUCGAAUCAAAACGAAACGGAUGCAAUCCCAUUGGAAGUUACAAAGGAUGCACCGGUGUUGGCGAGCCAAAACACUCAGAACUAUUUCCAAUCAAAAAACUCACAGAUUCCUCAAAAGUCUCCACGUCCUCGUUCAUCUCUUGAGGCUUCACCAGAUAUCGCGCCACAACGUCUGCCAAAGCUUUCUCCGCCACAAGACUCUGUCAGUCGAGAUGUGCCCAUCAAGCAGGCAAUGACAGUCAAACCGCAUAGAGUCACACUGGGUAUGCUCAAUGUGCCCAACCAGACUAAGAUUGAUGCGGCCGUGCUUGAGGACUCUGCGGAUGUUCAUGAGAUACGUCGUGUGAUUCCUGACGAAGACUUGAAUUCGGUGACUCAUAAUGAUGACGAAGACAUUGCAAGCGUUUCAAUGGAGCAAUUGACUCGAGAUUCAGAUCUGCUGAAGACCACGGAAACUAUGGAGAAAGAUGAAGGUGUCAAUUUGUUUAAGAAGCACAUUCUCAAAUUCUCUCAACAAUCGAAAAAGGUGGAAAGCCCAAUCCCAAAAUCGUUAAAUAUUGACAUGGUAGAUUCACCUCACAAAGGCGAGGUCAGAGGUACUCGACUGAGUCGACGGACGAUUCUGCACUCGAAUGAAGAUCAGGUGAGUACCUCGAAAGGAGCUGUCUCUUCUGCACGCACAUUACCUGGUGGUAACGCUACCAAACGCGAUGUCAAGUCGUCAGCGACCUCUUCUAAGACACAACCACAAGCCCAAGUAUCGGAGUCUCACCUGAAAGCUCAACCGCAGCCUCUGAAAACCCUGAAAGCUCAACCGCAGCCUCUGAAAACCCUGAAAGCUCAACUGCAGCCUCUGAAAACCCUGAAAGCUCAACUGCAACUCACAAAAAAUCAAUCUCAUCUUUCGAGCUCUGAUCUGGAAAUCUCGAAGAAGCUUCUGGCUCUCUCACGUCAAUUUAACUACUUUGAGCAACGAUUGGACAAAUACAAAAUAACGCGGGAUACGAGGGCACCAGUAUUUCCCGCGAAGGACUUACAAGCUCUUGAUUUGAUGGAUUAUCAUUAUGAUGACGGCAGCGGAUUACUGGAAGCUACCAUUAGACUUUGUCCCAGGGAAGACGGCGAGAAAAUCAAAGCUCAACGAGGUGAAGUAAAGGAAAGGGCAUCUUCGACAGAUACAGGCAAGAAAAGUGAUAACAAAGUACAGCAUUUUUUUGAAUGCCCCGAAAAUAGUCCCGGUGGAGGAGUCGAUAAUUCAAAGGGAUCAUUUUCGGGGGCCGAAAUAAUAUCGGGACGCAGUACCAUCCCCACCACUGGCGUCCGAGGAGCUACCACACCAAAAGCGACUUCCAAGCAAGAUCUAAAUUCUCAGGACACGAAGCGAGAAACGGAGAGUUUUGAUUUCAAUAGUCGUACGGCAUCCAAGAGCGCAACAGGAUCUGCUAAGGCCGCAUUUCUCACAACUUUCUCAGGUGUCAAGACUGCUGGCACGGCAUCAAAAGAUAGGGAAAAGCUUUCUAAAAUCGACACAUCUCUCAAAAUGAAUCUGAGAGACGAGCCAGUUUCCAGUGGAGAUGCAGAUUCAACGACUCGUCACCUGGCCAUGAUCCACUCUCCCAAUACCGAAGUGCGAGCACCAAGGAUUGUGGGAGAACAGAGUGCCGAAAAAAAGAGUGGGAAAGAAGUGAGUCUGAAAGAGUCGGUGGCAUCAAGUUCUGCCAUAGGCGCAAGGAUAUUUUCAAAAGCCGAUUUGCAGCCUCGCUCGAAACUGCAUAAUAAUGGACAGCCUUCUAAUGACACCAAAUCGCAACGCUGGAAGUCAGGCGAUUUCAACCAAGCUCAUUCGGAUACGUCUCAAGCGACGCGUGAAAGUCUGCCGGGGUUACAAGGACUGAACUCGACUCGACAUAACGCCACUGCCAUAAACUUGCUCUCUAAUUUUGCACAGCAAAAGAGACGAUCGGUAUCACUGGGCCAAGCGCCAGCACCCACGAAGGAUUAUGAGGAACUGAAAAGGAGAGGCGACGAGAUUCACAACUCUUUGUUGGGUGAGCUUCAAGAACCCAAAAACAAUUCCACGCAGAACAAGUUGAGGCCAUCCACGCCUGCCAGCAGUCGAGUCAAUGAGCAUCGUGAGAAAGAUUUCUCGGGUAUUACCCUGACGCAUAGUUCUGGUGCUGAAUCCUCAGAUAGCGAUUCCAGUGAUUCGAGUGGAUCUGAAGACAACGUGACAUCGAGAAAAGCACGAUUAGUUGCCAAACAUCCCAAGCCAAUAUCACGAACGAACUCUGCGACCUCAACACCCAUGAGCUCCAGGCCGCUGAUAUUCACAAAACGAACUUUUGCAGAUCGUGACUUUUCGACGCCUCAACCGAAGCAGAUCACCUCCCCAGCAAAUUCCCACAAAGAAGUUGCCACAGAACCUAUUUCGAAGAUCAGGAAAAUCGAGGGACGACUGCUUUCUCGGUUGAGCUCACUAAAAGACUUGCAAAAGUCUUCAAAUCAGAAAGCUAAUGCAGCCUCACCUGACGUCAGACCAGAGGUUCUUCCCAAAACCAACGGCUCUCUGAGGUCAAAGCCAAUGCUGAAACGAAAAUCAAAUCCAUUCUCUGGCCUGGACUCGCUGGAUGAUGAUUCAUCUGACAGCGAAAGUGAAACUCAAAAACUGAAUCCUAAGUUUCUCACAGUACUGCGGGCAAUGAAUCGGAAAAGAUCUUACGGUAGACUUGAGUCGAAAUAA